AUGAAUUCAAUUGAUGGUUUCAAAAUAGGAGGUGCUCAUUGCAGCUUGUACAAGUCUAGUACUUUCUCCUGGGGAUCUAUGUAUAUGUACGAACGGAACCAAUCAGAACUUAUUAUUGAAUGCGUGCACAACUACUUUUAUGCGUUUUUCGGAUCAUCCAUCGAUUAUCAAAUUGAUUUGAACUGUGAUAGACUGCCACAAAGUCUAAAAAAUAUUACAAGCAGUCGUAUUGGUUUAUCAGAAAACAUGACAGGAGAAGAGUUGGAAGCUUGUUUUACCAGUUCUCCAAGCCAGAAAUACAUUGCAAUUUUGUACAAACUCAAUGGGAAACUGUGUCCAGAUUCAGUGAUUUACAAUACUGAGAACUUGUAUCUUAAUUCAACCCAUAUAGAUGUAGACGAUCUUUUGUUUCGAUUCAGAGGGAAGUGUCUUUUUUUGGUCGAAAGAAAUGUCACAGAUUCGAAUAUAAUUCGGUUUUUGAACGAAUGGAAAUCGAACCGAAAGUUCCAAAACAUGAAAUUUUUUUCGAUUUUCACUCAUCGCCGUAAUAGAUUCGAUGUUGCCAAGGUUCUGUAUGAAGCUGAUAUCAAGCAUUUGGAUCCGUCUGAAACAACUUUAAAAUUGGAAUGGAAGCAAAGAACUAUGUCAACUAUACAAGACAGUAGCCAAUGGGAACAUUUCACUCUCGAAUCUCGAUAUUAUUUAAUUAGAAAUUAUGAUGGAGAAGGAGCUUCCAUUGAAAUUUCUUCAGAACAUUUCCGUUUUUCAGUAUGGAGCGCAACUGAAAAGUCGAGUAACUAA